CCUAGUUAAAUUAGACUGCGCUCUAUCUAUGACUGUCUUAAUGCUCAGUAAUGUUUUGAACAUUUCAGGAAAAAUUAAUUAAAAUGGUCUUCCCCCUCAGAAAUAGCCUUGGCAUGUGGAAUGUAAAUUUACAUUUAGCUACAUUUCCUAUGUUCUUUUCUAGUACUGGAUGAAUGAAUACACUUCCUCCCUUGGAAUUGGAGUAUUUCACUCAGGAAUUGAGAUAUAUGGUAGAGAAUUUGCUUAUGGUGGUCAUCCAUAUCCUUUUUCUGGAAUAUUUGAAAUUUUACCAGGAAAUGCAUCUGAAUUAGGGGAAACAUUUAAAUUCAAAGAAGCUGUUGUUCUUGGAAGUACUGACUUCAUGGAGGAAGAUAUAGAAAAAAUUAUAGAAGAACUUGGAAAAGAAUUUAAGGGAAAUGCUUAUCACUUAAUGCACAAAAACUGCAAUCACUUUUCUUCAGCUUUAUCAGAGAUUCUCUGUGGAAGAGAGAUUCCUCGUUGGGUGAAUCGUCUUGCCUAUUUCAGUUCCUGUAUUCCUUUUCUCCAGAGUUGUCUACCAAAAGAAUGGCUUACACCUGCUGCCCUUCAGUCUAGUGUAAGCCAAGAGCUUCAGGAAGUCCUAGAAGAAGCAGAAGAUGCUGCAACAUCAACUUCUCUGUCAAGUUCAGCAUCAGGGGCAAGAACUGGCCAUCAUACUAAAAUAUAGGUUUAGUCCAAAGUACUGUAAUUUUGGAAGCUUUGUCAAUAACUGACUUCCCUUAUACAAUAGUAAAUAGACAUUUGAUGGUGUCUUUGGUUUGUAAUUAGAGAACUAAUUCAAACCCAUGGUGUUCUGCUCAGGAUUUUAUAUGUAGUGAAAAAAGUGUCUUGAUGAAAUGGAAAGAACUCGAGAAGAACUCAAAUGGAAUCUUCAUUUUAAUCUAAUCAAAUGACUUGGACUAAUUGAGCAGAAGUUAAACUGUUUACAGUAUUGUGUGCUGCUGUUACAAAUCCCUGAGGGAUAUCAGCCAUUAAAAGAAAAUGAAUAAAUUCAGCAUCAGUGGAAGUAUAGUAAUGGUCAGUGUUCCUUGCUACUGCCUUGGAAUAGAAUAGGUUAGAGUAUGUCUCUUCCAACUCUUAUUGGUGUACAAGGAACUAGUGAAUACUAUGUGUAAACAGGGUACAGAAUUAUCAAUAUAAAGAAUUUUAUCUAAGAAAGAAAGGAAGUAGCCCUACUAUUUAGCAGAAAUGUUCCUAAAAUGUGACUUCUAUGUCAAUUUUUUUCAAUUACAAUGAGCAAAUUUAUAUUUUAUUACAAAUACAAGUGCAUUCUUUGGGGUGAUAAAUUGCAGUCAUUUUAUUUCAACUGCCUCAUGCUUUUAUCUGAUUUGCAGAUAUGAAAAAUCAUUCUGAAUUUUUCAGAUAAUAGUGCCUGUUUCACAUAUCAUUUAAAAUCUAAAGUUAUAAGAUGCAGAUAAAACAGAUAAAUUACAGAUUCAUAUAAACUUGUGGAUGAGUUAAUUUAGAACAUGGUAAACAAUAGGUCCUUUGGAAACUAAAAAUGUGGAUUAUUCAGCAGAUGUAAAGUGUUGUUAAAUAGAAUUCCAGUUCAGAAACUCCAAGAGAAGUGACAGUUUUAAUUGCCUUUCUCAAUUCUCAGAUUCAAGCAAACCAAAUGCUUUAUCCAGCUCACUGUGUUUUUUGCCGAAGCAAUGAGUGUUUUAGAUGAAUAAGUUAUAGACAUUUUUGUGCCAUUAAAUAGCAAUAUAUACUGUGUGAACUACAAAAAAAUCAUUUGCAAAAAUAUUAGAGGAAUAUCUUCUAUUUAACGUGUUCUAUUGCUGACAUAAUUUCGUUGGGAUAGAAUUAAAAAUAGUACUGGCAUCUAAUUGAAAUUGGGUUCAGAUUUUUAUAUAUGUGGUUUUAAAACUCUUCCAAAUACUUGGAAGUUGUGUUUAAACCAAGGCUUUCAAGGCUUGCAUUAGUGAAGAAUACAAAUUCUUCCAAUAACAACAUUUUAUGCUCCUUUGUGGAUACAUUUGCUAUUGUAAACAAUACUCAGGUAUGUAACAUCAUCCUAUUGAAAGUUAUAUAUAUAUAAUGGAUAUUAAAAAACAUUAUAUAUUGUAGCCAGUCCUUUUAAUAAGCAAAUACAUUCUUACUAGUCAUUUUUAUGAUUUAACCAGAGUAACUUAUUGGUUAAUUUCAAAUUUAAUGUUUAAAUCCCAUGUUUUUUAAGCAAUCAUCUAAAUUGGGUUUCUGAGAAUACACUAUUAAAAUCAUAAGCAUAGAGUGUUUCUCUAUAAACUGACAAUGAGAUAAUUUGGUUUUUCAACUGAUAUGGGAAAGAGUAGUAUGGGUCUCCAUCUAUUAAGGAAGUUGAUAUGUUAACAAAGAAAACAUUCAUAUACUGAUAGAUAUAAAUUUAUCCACUCCUUUCAAGGAAGGAUGAUGCACAUAUUUUUUGACAUUACUUACCAGUGCCAUGAAAUUUUACCCAUGCAGAGUUGAUGGAAUCUCCAUAAUAGAUUCUAUAACAUAACUGGCUUUAUUAUUAAUUACAGAAUAAUUUGACAUUUUAUGUCUGUAUCCACGACAAUAGCAUGUAAGGAAUGCAAGGAAAUACAUGGCAUACUAAGUAAAAGCAAUUAUUUAAUAACAUGGUUAUAUAUUCUGAUUUUACUGGAUUUUUCUAUUAUACAUUUUGUGGCAUUUUAUAAUGACUUUAUGUCCACAAACAGCUGAAUUCUGAAGCUGCUACAAUCUUAGGGAAUGAUGGCAGUCCUAUAACUUAUCAUGUGUGCUAUAUCAAUUCUACACUUGAUUCCUUGAACAAAGCAACCUGCCAAAAUCUACUUUCCUAACUAGCAACAGUUGAAGGUAUAUUUCACCAGCAUUACUACUCAGCAGGGAAUGCAUUUCUCCCAGUAGCCAUAGUGUGCAUUAAGCUAAAACACUUUCUACCUAUAAUACUGGAUAUCUCAACCUUAAAAGAAAAACGGGUAGAAGAAAUACAUUUUGGGUUCUCUGAUCUGCCCAAGUUCUAUUUUGUUUCUUAUCAAAGAGAAUACUGUAGUUGAUGUUUUGUCUUAUUAAAGCCAUUUUUAAGAUGCCAUUCAUAUUUAAGAAGUUAAAAAUUAAUUGCUAACAAAUGUCAGACUACACUAGUAAACUGGAUGGGUUCAUUAUAAAUGGUGAGGUUCUUGAUUACAUGCAAUACAACUCUGUUAACAACUGAUGUUCACUUUUAGGUGGUUUAAGAGAGUUUUCACCAACACAUUUUUGUAAACUAAAAAUAGGUUUACUGUAAUGCAUAGUAUUUGUAUGAAAUAGCAGAUGUUGACUUUUGUUACAUUCUCAUGUCUAUUAUAAAC